GCGCCGGGCCCCCAGGCGGGGCGACAGGCAUCGGGCCCCCAGGCGGGGCGACAGGCAUCGGGCCCCCAGGCGGGGCAACAGGCAUCGGGCCCCCAGGCGGGGUGGCGGGCGCCGGACCCCCAGGCGGGGCGACAGGUCUCGGGCCCUCAGGCGGAGCGGCGGGCGCCGGACCCCCAGGUGGAGCGACAGGUCUCGGGCCCUCAGGCGGAGCGGCGGGCGCCGGACCCCCAGGUGGAGCGACAGGUCUCGGGCCCUCAGGCGGAGCGGCGGGCGCCGGACCCCCAGGCGGAGCGACAGGUCUCGGGCCCUCAGGCGGAGCGGUGGGCGCCGGACCCCCAGGUGGAGCGACAGGUCUCAGGCCCUCAGGCGGAGCGGCGGGCGCCGGACCCCCAGGGGGGGGGAACGACAGGUCCCGGGCCCUCAGGCGGAGCGGCGGGCGCCGGACCCCCAGGCGGAGCGACAGGUCUCGGGCCCUCAGGCAGAGCGACAGGUCUCGGGCCC